AUGUGGAGCAGGAACGCGAGAUUGCUGGUUCGCUCGACCAGAACAUACAUCGUGCCCACGACCACAAGGAAAACCAUCCCCGUGUAUCCGCCCGUGGAACGCAUAGGGUCCGCUCAGAUAAUGACACGUGUGGCCCAAUCUGAGAUAGAGACGCUGGACCCGGGGGCGUCCAGACGCAAGCUCAUCAGCAAGAAGAACAAGGACCGGCUCAAGGCCGGCGACGUGGUGCGUGUCGUGUACGACUCGUCCAAGUGCUCGUACGACCCGUUUGUUGGGUACAUACUGUCCAUAGACCGCAAGCAGCUGGUGCAAGACGCCUCGCUGCUGUUGCGGAACCAGAUCGCCAAGACCGCCGUCGAGAUCAGGGUGCCCCUGUUCUCGCCGCUAAUCGAGCGGAUCGACCUGCUAAGGCCCCACACCUCGAACAGACAGAGAAACAAGCACUACUACAUCAGAGGCACCAAGCUGGACGUGGGCGACCUAGAGGCCAGUCUGAGAAGAAAGAAAUAA